AUGGAUCUUAUGACAGUAAUUAAAGAAAGGUUUAACGAUACCGCAACAUCGGAUUUGACAUUGCGGGUAGACAACGAGUUCUAUUACGUGCAUCGGUGUAUCUUGCAAUGGGCCUCGGGGUAUUUUCGUGAUAAACUGGCAACUCCAAUUGGGGCCCACCAAUUUCAAAACUUUACUCCGAGAAAAGAUUCACUCAAAAACUGGAAAGAUUAUGGCAAUCCACACAUUCUCAAUAUCAGUGGUAAUAAUAAUAAACAAGUUGUAUCAUUCGCAACAACCACCACCAGCAACCCCAAGAAUCGAAUAAACAAAACACUGGAGCUUUACUACACUUCCACCCAAUUCAGUGAAUUUCUUCGCUUCAUUUAUGGCUAUCCUCUAAAAGACAAUAAUAAUUACAAAUCACAAGAUCUCUUUGCGAUUGCUUAUUUGGCUCACAAAUUUCAAGUUAAAGAACUGAAAAUUUCUUGCGAUCUUUUAUUGGUCAAUGACAAAGUGUGGUGCAAAGAGGAUGAAAAAGGAGACGGAUGGCAAACAGUCUUGGACUUGUGUAAAUGGCUGGGAUUAGAAGCGACACGAAAAGGGUUAUUAGAUUGGAUUGUACACAAUUGGCCACAGGAUAUGAUGAAAAGCAGGCUUUGGCUGUCGAAAUUAGAUGAAGAUAAUUCUGAUUUGCAUUAUAUUCUUGCUGGUGUUCUUGCUGUUAAGAAAAAAGAAUCAUUACAGAAAUUGAGUGGAGGGAAUUCGCAUAAUAAUCGAGUAAAUGAAACGAUGAGCAUAAAUUGCGAUGAAAUAACAGCGGGUCGAAUCAUUUCAGAAACUAAUGGAAAUGCAGAAUUGGAUAUUAAUUCUUUGGAUUUUAACUGGAAGAUUAACAACUGUGGCGAUGGCAAAAAUAGUAAUAACAGCGAUAAAUUAAUGACUACCAGCCACGCAACCAUGACAAAUUUCUUUACGGGGACGGCUGGUGAUAGUGGUAUUAAAACAAAUGGCAACUUUAAUGAUUCUUUUGUUUCUUUUAAUAGACCAUCGACAGCAAUUUACAAUAAUCUCGAGUUUUCCCCUUCGUCUUCUACUCCCUUAUCUUCAAAAGAUUUUAAUUUCGAUUGUUCGUCAUCAACAACUUCACUGUCUUCAAAUACCCAUUACAAAAACAAUAAUGUGAUGGGUGUAGAUACAUCAAACUCUGAUAGUAAUUUCAUAAAAUGGCUCGAAUCUUCAAUUGUCGCUGACCAUAGUGAACAGACUGUAGAUACUAAUUAUGAUGGGCUUGAUAAUUGGAACUUUUUCGACUUUUCCCAAGAAUUAACUCAAAUGCAAGACAAUUCCACAUCAUUGAUGCAAUUGGGAGAGGCACAACAGCAGCAAUCACUACCUUCAAACAUUCUCCAAGUUUAUAGUCAAGUGCAAUCGCAAUUGAAUCCUCAACAAGGAAAAGAACACGAAUUUGAGUUAACUGCUCUUCGAUCUCCGAUUAAUCACAAAGUAUCAAUUCAUCAAUCUCCCGCUUUUCAACAGCAAUUACUUUUACAAGCAGCAUCGUAUCAGCAACAAAAUUCAUCACCAUCACAAAAGGCUUUAACUUAUCAUAAUUCUGGUAUUUCGUCGUCAUCAUCAUUGAUUAUACCACAAAGACAACCAUUAACAUCAUCAAACGUUAUGCUGUCGUCAAAACUUGAAGAUGGAGAAUAUUCGUCAAAAAACGUCAACAACAAUACACAAAAUGAACCACUUUCAUCAUCGUCCACACUAUCUGUUCCACCCAAAAAGAAAAGUCGUUUAGAAAGAAGUCGUGAUGAAUUUUUUGAAGAGGACAUUAAAUUAUAA